CAGGGGCCCAGCAGACAAUGACUGAGCGGCCCCUGUCGGGGUGGGGGGUUCAGUCAGCUGCUCCAUCUGCAGGAAUUCAGCGCAGCUCCAUCCAAACUCUGCGCUCCUCACCUUCAAACCUUCAUUUCUUCUCAUGAGGUUCCGCUCAUGGCGAUAGCUGCGCGCUCCCGGAGCGGCUUCUACCGGCAGGAGGUCAACAGAACCGUGUGGGAGGUACCGGAGCGGUACCGGGACCUGAAGCAGGUCGGAACCGGAGCCUAUGGGACCGUUUGUUCGGCUUGGGACCGCCGUACGGGGACACAGGUGGCCAUCAAGAAGCUUCACCGCCCCUUCCAGUCCAAACUUUUUGCAAAAAGGGCCUACAGGGAGCUACGGCUCCUCAAACACAUGAAGCAUGAAAAUGUCAUCGGCCUGCUGGACGUUUUCACAGCUGAGAUCUCACUGGAUCGUCUGCGGGAUUUCUACCUGGUGAUGCCCUUCAUGGGAACGGACCUGGGGAAGCUGAUGAAGAUGGAGAAGCUGUCUGAGGAUCGCAUCCAGUUCCUGGUUUAUCAGAUGCUGAGAGGCCUUAAGUAUAUCCACUCAGCGGGGAUCGUCCACAGGGACCUCAAACCUGGAAAUCUGGCCAUAAACCCGGACUGUGAGCUGAAGAUUCUGGACUUUGGCCUGGCUCGGCAGGCCGACGCGGAGAUGACAGGUUACGUGGUGACGCGCUGGUACAGAGCGCCUGAGGUCAUCCUGAAUUGGAUGCACUACACGCAAACAGUGGACAUUUGGUCGGCAGGUUGCAUCAUGGCAGAGAUGCUGCUGGGCAAACCUCUGUUCAAAGGAAACGACCACCUGGAUCAGCUAAGAGAAAUCAUGAAGAUCACAGGAACUCCGACUGCGGACUUUGUUCUGAAGCUGCAGAGUCAAGAUGCCAGAAACUACAUCAGAAGUUUACCCAAAGUGCCAAAGAAAGAUUUGUCCUCCAUUUUCUCCAAAGUCAGCCCAAACGCGGUUUGCGUCCUGGAGAAGAUGCUCCUCCUGGACCCUGAGAGCAGGGCGAGCGCGUCGGAGGCCCUGGAGCUGCCGUUCUUCAGCGAGUUCAGGGAGGUGGAGGAGGAGACGGAGGCGCUGCCGUACGAUCAGACCCUGGAUAACACCGACCUGCCGCUGGAGCAGUGGAAACGUCAUACUUUCACAGAGAUCCUGACCUUCAGGCCGCUCAGAGACUCAAAGGAAACGUCGCUUUGAGUUUUCAUUGUGAACUUUGACCUCCUACUCAGAAAUGUUUCUAUUAUCCAAAUGGUUUGAUGAUGCUUUUACUGUCAAUAAAGAGAAUUUGUUUUGAUUUUCUAAA